GUGAGUGCCGGACCUCCGGCCGGAGACUUCAGUUUUCUUGGGGUCUCUUGCUCUGCCGCCGCCUGGCCUUAGCUUUCCUUUGCUCUCUCACUGGGUGGAGGAGACUGCCGGCGCCCGGCUGAUGCUAUGAUUGAACUCUCCAGGCUCCAACGAAACCCCGAUGAGGCAGUGCCUCUGAACGGGACGGUUCCUCUAGAGACCAGUCUGCAGGUGGAGUACCCCGAGCCAGCCCAGGCUAGACGACAAAAACCCUGGAAAUUCUGUAAUGAACCUGUAAAGGGGAAGUAUAAACUGUGGAUGGCAAUUGUUUCUAUCUUCAUAGGCCUCAUUCUAGUAAUUUUUAUAAGCGUGAUUAUCCAUGAAGCAAACUACAUAGAUGAGGAUGAAAAUGAAAUACUUGAAUUAGCAUCUAAUAAAACAUUCUUGGUCACACUGAAGAUUCCAGAAGAGUGUAUGGCUGAAGAGGACACAUUAUCUAAUGAGCUCAGUAAAAGGCUCACAAAUCUAUACAGUUCAUCUCCAGCUCUGAGUCGAUAUUUUGCAUCAGUUGAAAUAGCUGACUCCAGGUUUUCUCAGAGAAGAAAAUGGAGGAAGAAAAAAGUCACCACCUCUCCAAAUGGUACCUUUACUACUCAAGCAGAAGGAAGUUAAACCUUCAUUUUCUGUAAAUUCAUUCGCACUAACUCAAGUACUCAAGUGCUCACCAGUGAUGAAGAUCAAAACCCACGCCAAGCCUGUCCAUCCUUUGUGACUCUUUGCUUUUCUUAGUAUCCCCAGUGUUUGCUUGGUGCAUAGUAGACCCUUGAUAAAUGCUUGUUGACUUGCUUACUACCUAUGUGACUUUGGGGAAAUCAUGUAACCUCACUUGGACUUAAUUCUUCAUCUGUAAAAUGAGAGUGUGGUAUUAAAUAACCUCAAAGAUCCCUUAUGCCUUUAAAUCUCUGAUCUCUGAUCCUCCAUCACCAUUGGUAUUUAAGCCCUCCAUCUUCUCUGGCCAGUCCUGCCCUCCUGAAACUCUACCCAAUGGCCUUGCCUUAGGGGAAUUUGAAUUAUGCCAAAGUAGUAGGUACUCUGACACUCCCAGCUAUAUCUUCCCCUUUUGCUUCUGCAGGGAUCUUCAAAGUAGAAAGCCUUGCUUUGUAAUAGCUUUGCUUGGUUACUGCCCAACCCUAUUCAUAACUCAGCCUGUACCUUUAGUGGGUGAAAGCUCAAGUCCAAGGCCAGAUGAGGAAAUGAGGCCCAGAGAAAGGAGGGGACUUCCUCAAAGUUGGGCCAAAUUAGCAGCAGAGCUGAAACUAGAAUCUAGAUCUCUUUUCUGAUUAUGCCAGUCUUCUCCAAUAGGACAUUUGUUGUCCACUGGGAGAAUUAAAGAUAAGGCCAGGGAGCUGAACGAUGAUAAGGAGGUGGAGGUGGUGGUGCCACGUGGUGAUGGUGGAGGUUUGAACAGGCUGUCUUGAGUUGCUUCUUAUUCCCAUUUCUUUAGUUAACUAGCCACUCCACAGCCUACAAGACUCUCCCAGCUGGCCAAGCCCCUGACAAAGAGAACAGUAUCAUCAGUUCCCAUUGCUUUAUCAUGUCACAACCAUUAUUGCAUCUGAUCCUACAGGCAGCCCUUGAGGUAAAUGAGCCAAGAAUGAUUGUCCUGGUAGCUCCUCUUAAAGGGUUGACUAUUAUUAAAACUAAUUAGAGGAAGGAAGAGGUUUCAUGAGAUAUGAAACUCAAGUAAUUGGAUUCCAAAGUCCAAAGCAAAGUAAAGUUUAGGAGCAGUGGGUGAGAAAGUACAAAGAUGCAAAUUGAAGCUUUUGAGUCAAUAAAAAUUGAUUAAGCACCCACAACGUGACAGGCACUAUAUACUAAGCAGCAAGGAUACAAAGCAAGGUAAAAUACUGUUUUCUGCUUCCAGCUCUCCCAACAAAAAAGAGCUGGAGGACUAUUUCUCCUAAAGCUGUGAUUCUUAGGCCUCCCUCAUUGUUUGUAAAAGGCCAAUGGGAAUGUGACCAUUAGAGGAUGCCAUUUACCUAUUCAUCUUAAGCCUCCAAUCCUUCCAAUAGGAAUUUAGAUAUUGCUUGCAUUUCUGCAAAAUAUUUCCCUGAGAGGAUACUCCCAAGUGGGAGUAUCUGUACUUUUCUUAAUUGUUAUUGCUAAUAUUCUGUUUGAGUCAACUUGAACCAAUGGAACAAGAGAGGAGUCGCAGCUAAGGUUAAAUAUUUAGGCCACAUUUAACUAGGAUUUCAAACCAUUAAUUAGCUCAUCCCCACGGUAUCUCUCAGAGCACUUUAAUACAUGUAUUCUUAUUUUAGAGUCAAGGGAAAUAAGUUGAAGAAAGGGUGAGAAGCUUGCCUUAAGGCAUAUGGCCAACACUUACAAAGCUGAGCUUGGUUCAAGGUGAGAGGGCCAUAGAUUGAGAGCUAGAAGGGGCUGUAAAGGUGUCAACCCACUUAUUUUAUAGGUUGAGGCUGAAGCCCAGAGAAAUUAAGUAACUUUUAAGAGGUCACAUAGGCAGGUAAGUAGCAGAGUUGGGGAGUCAGAACUCAGAUCCUUUGACUCCAAAUCCAAAGCUCUUCCCAAUGUACUGCACUGCCUAUUUGCCUCCAGUCCAGUCUGAAAAGUAUAUGAAAAACUAUAGGAAUCUAUUAUUACACUGGCAAGGAGUUCCCUAUUUUGAAACAAACUACUCAGUAUGUUGGGUGCUGCCAUACUGUUUUGAGUUGAGAGUAUACGUUUCCUCUGGAGGACUUCCUUCUCCCUAUCCUCAAGCCAUACCCCUCCAACAUCUGUCAGGGGAGAAGGAAGAAUUACCCUACAGUAACAUGGACCUAGUUUAGCCUGGAUUGGCUCACAUUGUGGGCCCUGCCUCCAGCACACUUACUCUAACUAUGAAUCAGGUUAAAAGGUACAUUAAGUUAAAGUGUAUGAUUGAUAUCGUAUUGCUUGCCUUUCCAAUGGGUGGGGGAAUGCCUGGAGAGAGGAAGAGAAUUUAAAACUCAAAAUUUAAAAAAAUCAAUGCUAAAAAUA